UCUACAACCCGCCGGGCGCUGACUUUGAAGUGACGAAAUCAACGCCACCAGAGUCCGUAGCCGACCGCCUACUUUGCCUUUAAACGAUCCUCCCCCAACGAACUGAUCUCGCGAACUCAACUCCUCAUUAUUGUGUGCCCUCCGAGACAUUUCAAAAGGGGAAAGUGCGAUUCCUUCCUUUGCCUGCGACCUCCCAACCGAAGAAGUACCACGGAGCCGGAGCUCUCUUUCAGUUUUUUUUCUUUAAUCAAGAUUUGAUUUUUCUUCAGCAGGAAUGGCGUCGAUGUUGAAUGGCGAGGCCAAAAAUUGAUUUUUUUUAUCACCAGGGCAAAGAGGGCAGGGUUUUGAGCUGACAUUGAUGGCCAUGCCGUGGAGCUUGGCCAUCUACGUGAUGGGCAUGGUGUGGGUGGUUCUCAACGGCUGGGUGUCCACUUGUUUGAUGAUUGCUGACGAGAUCGCACGCGGCCUCAGGUCCGGCGAGAUCGGCACGCUGCCUGUCGGUUGAUCGGCGUCGAGGUUCCAAGAGCUUCAAAUUUGUCUGAGUCUCAAAAGAUUGUUUUGUUUGUUCGCCUUUGUGUACUGCAGACAUCUUCUUCUUUGACUUAUAGACGUCUCAGGAAGGUUCUACAUAUGUACACUCAAACGCAUGCCUGCAAAAUCUCAGUUUGGGGGCUUUAUACCUUGUUUGUUAUAUUUCCCAACACAGUUUUCUAAAAUCUUUUGUUUCCGUAGCACUGUCCUGCCCUUGUAGCCUUGUAAAUCUAAAGUUUUAAUCCACAAACUAAUCGGCAAUUUA